CAACAUGCCCCGGUCUGGUAUCCUCGGUGGCCAUCGACCUCGAUCCAUGAACCAUCCAUGAACAGAUCGCAAAUGUGCGCUGUAUCGACAUCUGGACGUCGCCCCCUUCACCGCAGUUCCUCGGAAUCCUAUUGACGACGCCUCUUCCUUUGUCCUCCACGUCAGCCGGAGCACUUCUAUCGCUAUCUGUAGCACAUUGUACGCACCCACACGGAACCGAUUCCAAGGAUCCAUUGAUCACAUUACCGACCCCGCUAUAUACACCCUGGCCUUCGAUGCGGUGAAUCCGAUUCUGCGCUGCUGCCGGCGACAACAAGCACCGAAAGCGCUCACUCCAAUCCUCCACGAUGUCGACCUCGAGGGUGGCCUCCGGCGCCCACAUGACGACCACGACCCUACGGGUAGAAGGCAUGACAUGCGGCGCAUGCACAAGCUCGGUGGAAUCGGCAUUUGAAGGAAUUUCUGGAGUAGGAAGCGUAUCGGUCAGCUUGGUCAUGGAGCGCGCGGUUGUUACCCACGAUGCGGAGACGAUCAAGGCAGAACAAAUCCGCGAGAUGAUCGACGAUCGUGGGUUUGACGCCCAAGUGAUCAGUUCGGAUCGACCUGAAAGUCCGUCCGAUGCUUCAGAAGAGGAUAUCCUGUUGGAGGAUACCGGCUCCAGCGUACUCGGCAGUGGUAUUUCUACAACCACUCUGCAUGUUGGUGGUAUGACCUGCGGCGCGUGCACAUCUGCAGUUGAGGGAGCUUUCAAAAACAUACCCGGUGUCAAGAGCUUCAGCAUAUCUUUACUAUCAGAACGAGCGGUGAUUGAGCAUGAUGCGAGCAUCAUCAACUCGGAGAAGCUGGCAGAGACGAUCGAGGACACAGGGUUUGAUGCCGAGAUCCUGGAGACGAAAAUCGCCGAACCCAUCGUUGCAAAAUCAAAGGAGAGGAGGAAGGAGACAAGCAAGCGACUAUUGACUACCACGGUUUCAAUAGAGGGCAUGACUUGCGGAGCCUGCACCUCUGCGGUCGAUAGUGGAUUCGUGGACACUCCUGGACUGGUACAAUUCAACAUCAGCCUCUUGGCCGAGCGUGCUGUCAUAUUGCAUGAUCCGGAAAUCUUGAGCGUUGCGAAGAUUGUUGAGACCAUCGAGGACAGAGGCUUCGACGCUACCGUCAUCACCAGUGUAGAGGAGGGUGUGCAGACUUCAGGUGCAAACUCUACGAUACAACUCAAGAUUUACGGUCUGCAGAGCCCCGAGUCCGCAGCCGAGCUUCAAGCUCUACUCAACGGGAUCCCGGGAAUCGCCUCUACUAGCGUCAGCUUUUCGACUGGCCGCGCAUCGCUAACACAUACACCCGCCAAGAUUGGACUACGAGCAAUUGUUGAAGCUGUUGAGAAUGCCGGAUACAACGCUCUUGUGGCCGAGUCGGACGACAACAAUGCUCAGCUGGAGUCACUAGCGAAGACCAAGGAGAUACAGGAGUGGAGACGAGCCUUUAGGGUUUCGCUCACUUUUGCCAUCCCAGUCUUCCUGCUCAGCAUGGUAUUUCCGAUGUUCAUACCGAUACUCGAUAUUGGCAGAAUCAAGCUGCCAAUAAUCCCAGGUCUAUGGCUGGGCGAUGUGCUAUGCCUAGUCUUGACGAUUCCAGUGCAAUUCGGCAUUGGCAGGAGGUUCUAUGUUUCCGCGUUUCGGUCGCUGAAGCACUGGUCGCCGACAAUGGAUGUUCUUGUAGUGUUGGGCACAUCGGCCGCAUUCUUCUUCAGCUGCGCAGCUAUGCUUGUUUCGAUAUUGACACCACCCCACUCUAAGCCUGCUACGACAUUCGACACGAGCACAAUGUUGAUCACAUUCAUCACACUGGGACGAUUCCUAGAGAACCGCGCCAAAGGGCAGACCUCCAAGGCUCUUUCCCGGCUCAUGAGUCUCGCUCCUCCGAUGGCCACGAUCUACUCCGAUCCAAUAGCAGCCGCAAAGGCAGCAGAGAAUUGGGACGCCAACGCUGAAUCGGAGAAGCCUUCGGCUGACGCCAUGGACAACAACGGAUCGGCAAUGGAAGAGCGAACAAUACCGACAGAACUCAUCGAGGUGGGCGAUAUCGUCGUGCUCAAACCAGGCGAUAAGAUCCCCGCGGACGGCAUCGUUACUCGCGGGGAAUCGUAUGUCAAUGAAAGUAUGGUCACUGGUGAGGCGAUGCCUCUCUACAAGAAGCCGGGCUCUACACUCAUGGCUGGUACUGUCAACAAUGCUGGUCGUCUUGACCUCAAGGUCACAAGAGCUGGCCGGGACACUCAACUCAGCCAGAUUGUUCGACUCGUCCAAGAAGCUCAGACCACUCGCGCGCCAAUUCAACGGACGGCCGAUAUGGUCGCCGGAUACUUCGUUCCCAUUAUCAUUACCCUUGGACUGACCACUUUCGUUGGCUGGAUGGUACUGAGUCAUAUUCUUCCGCAUCCUCCCAAGAUCUUCUUGAAGGACAACAGUGGUGGGAGGAUCAUGGUCUGCGUCAAGCUAUGCAUUGCCGUGAUCGUCUUUGCAUGCCCGUGUGCGCUUGGUCUAGCCACCCCGACCGCAGUCAUGGUGGGUACUGGAGUCGGCGCGGAGCAAGGAAUUCUCGUCAAGGGCGGUGCGGCCUUGGAGACUGCCACGAAGAUCACACAUGUUGUGCUGGACAAGACUGGCACACUGACCAUGGGUAAGAUGAGCGUUGCUGAGUCGGAGCAGAGUGGCAAGUGGAGUGCUACAGAGCAGAAUGUCAGACUCUGGUGGACUCUUCUCGGGCUCGCCGAGACUAGCAGCGAGCAUCCCAUCGCGAAGGCUAUCUUUCUGGGCGCGAAAGAGAAGCUCAAGCUGAGUGCUGAUGAGCAGAUCGAGGGCAAUAUGGGUGACUUCAAGGCGACUGUCGGGAAGGGCAUCUCCGCAACGAUUGAGCCGAGCGCGCCCUUCGAGCGGAAACGGUUCAACGUGCUCGUUGGAAAUGCUCUAUUCCUACGAAAGAGCGGAAUCAAAGUUCCGGCGACAGCGGAGGACGAGUACGAUGAGGACGCGACAAGAAGGCUCUCAAUGUCCGCCGCACCGUCCUCAUCAAAGGCGCAAUCUGCUGGAGUCACCACAAUCUACGUUGCGCUCGACGGCGAGUAUGCUGGCUCAGUCGGUCUUUCCGAUACUCUCAAAGCAUCCGCUAGAGCCGCCAUCUCCGCCUUACACCGCAUGAACAUCGGCACAUCACUAGUCACCGGUGACCAAGCCGCCGCAGCGCACCACGUCGCAGCUCUGGUUGGCAUCUCGCCCGAGAACGUCUUCUCCGGCGUCCUCCCUGAAGGCAAGAAGGCCAUCGUCACAGACUUUCAACGACAAGGACAGAUCGUCGCCAUGGUCGGAGACGGCAUCAAUGACUCUCCCGCGCUGGCCACUGCCAAUAUUGGCAUUUCCCUCGCCAGCGGUACCGACGUCGCCAUGGACGCCGCGGACGUUGUGCUCAUGAAGCCGAAUCAGCUGUUGGAUAUUCCCGCCUCGCUACAUUUGAGCAAGACCAUCUUCCGACGCAUCAAGCUCAAUCUCCUGCUUUCGUGCAUCUACAACGCUGUUGGCUUGCCGAUCGCGAUGGGCUUCUUGCUGCCGUGGGGCAUUACCCUGCCUCCCCUCGCAGCUGGUGCCGCGAUGGCUUGCUCGAGUGUUACAGUCGUCGUCAGCUCACUGCUGUUGAAGAUCUGGAAACGGCCAGACUGGAUGCGCGACUCCGAUCUUGAACCUGAAUUGUCGACCUUGAGGAAGAUGAGCUUUACGUCAAAAGUCCGGGACUUGCGCGAUGUGAUUCUGGGGAAGAAUCGAGGCGAAGAAGGGGAUCGCGGGGCGUAUGUGCCUUUGCAGGAUAUUGAAGCGGUUUGA